GGGGGGGGGGGGAGGGUAUGGCAAACCAGGAGGAAAAAGAGAGGGGGGGCGGGAGACUGUGAGUACAGCAAGAAACUCUCUGCUUUCAUUCUUGGUUCCCAUGGACACAACCCAGAAGGAGCGCUGUGGGCCCUCCUCUGGGAGGGCUGGAAGCUGGCAGGCUUCCUUAACUCACAGAGCUAUUUAGAGCACUGGGAUUGGUGCCCGUGUCCAGGGAGUUAGCAUGCCUGUGUAGGGGAGGUGGCAUGGGAGAGAGCUUAAAGCGUAUUCACAUAUUCUCCCCCCCGCCCGGCCUCUCCCUCCUUGCUCCUCAACACCAAACUCCUAAAUUUUCUUACUAACCCAGUCUCAGCCUGACGCCGCAAAAGAUACAAGCAGCAUUCUCCCGGUGAGCAACCUGGCUUUGUAGAUCGGGAAGAGGAUGGAGAGGCACAUGGUCGGGGGGCCUCUGUAUAAGCACUUCGAUUUGGAGAGGAAGAACGCCAGGCAGGCCGACGCCAGGCUCAGCCAAAGACUGCAGAGACUGGAGCGGGUCUGCCUCAACCACAUGAAGUCGCUGACCCACGAGCAGAGACAGCUCCAGAAAGAACUGCAGAGGCUGCAGGAAGAUAUUGUCAAGAAAAAGCUCUCCUCUGAUUUGCGGGAUGGAAUUCAGAAGAGACCAGAAGACGUCCUUGUGUCCUCACCACCAAGAGGGAAGAAGCGUGGAGGUCCACACACUAAUAACGUUAGAGUGCUGGCCACCAACACGACCCAAGAAAUGUACAGAACUAAGUCCCAGAUGCCUCUUUUCCAUCACGCUGGCUUCAAAGACGCCACGAAAAGCAAAGAGCAGUCGCUAUCUCAAAAUUACAGAGCUUCUCACUUCACAGCCGAGAAGCCACAAGCCCAAGAAAAAGAUUUUAUGAGCCCACCAAAAGGCAAAGACUCCAACAAGGGCAUCUCUAUUCUGUGUCAACAUCAAGACGUCUCCAUCAACACCCUAGACCAAGGCCCUGGUUCCAGCCCAGUUUGUGAAAGUGGAACAGCACACAUGGAUGAGACCAGACCACAGGAUGCCAGCCUAAAGCCAGACCCCAAUGCUGGGAAACAAAGUCCCUUGAAUCCCAUGGAAUGUGCAAGAAACUUGAAAGGCGAGUCCAUAACACCUACCUUCUUGGAGCUGUUUGCUAAGGUCAGAAAUGCCCACUAUCUCCGGCACAGUGUCCCCCCGGAGUCUGAGAGAUUGCUUAGCAUUGGGGAGAUAUUCGGGCACAAGGAAUCCUUACAGCCCAGAACAGGACAGGAGUGUAAGAACAGGGGAUAUAAUCUCUCACUGAAUGAGCAAUACAAGUAUACAAAAAAGGAGGGGAGAGAUGAAUCUUCUGACAACACUUUAAGGGGUGCGCAUAUGUUGCGGAUGUCAUCAAAAAUAUGAAUCUACAUUGACGACUAGACUUUUUUCGAAAGGAAAAAUAUGAAGGGUCCUGCUUACGUUGGCCACCCUUUUCUUAUAGGAAGUUCUUAUGGUGCCACCUUCUGGCACAAUGACAUAGCUCUUCUCUUCGAGUUCACAUCUAACAUCCAUGCGGGGAGAGGGACUCAGUUGGAAACAGUUACCAUCAGGCGGUCUAUAAUUAAAACCUGCUCUCUCCUGCCACAGCCCUGGGCUCAACGAAAGUCCUUGCCUCACCUCUUUCCUUUCCACGUGGCUCCAUUUUAGUUUUCUCAUUCUCGUUUCCACGUGCUCAUAUCACACUUUCUGGAUCCUAAUAACAAAAUAAUACACAAUUUACAACAUUUCCUCUAACAUCUGACGUUUCUCUCAAGGAGCAAAGCAACAGAGGAAGGCGGGCCGGGGCGACAAAACCGAUUCAUGGAUACUGAAUGUAUUCACACUGGCCCAUGACCAAGCUAGCAGGAACAAGGUCACAUAGUUUACAGAACCCCUCUGCAAAGUGCCCCCAGCCCUUUCUUUUACGUCCUUCCCUCGUUCUUCCUCCUUGUCUUCUGCUUAAACCCCAUCUGUCUCCAUUACAAUCACCCUCCAAGGGUGAAUUUCCAAAAAUGAUUUAUCCUACUUCCACGUGAGCCUUUUCUCUGGCUCAGCCACCAGAGGACGGGCCAUCACCAAGGCAGCCGGGAGGGUGGCCCCAGCCUGAGCCUCUGCUCCACACGCCAUCAAAUCCUCCACUCCAAGGACACCUCCGUCUUGUGAGCUCGAGAAAUAAACAUUCUGCACAUGCCCCCUCA